AAGCACGGUAUGUCAGUCUUGUUUUCUCGCUACUACUCCUCUCCCAUGCACUCAGCCAAAGGUACUGAUUUUCUCCUCAAACCCGUUUUCCUGCGUGGGGUUUCUGGUUCAUUACACCUGGUUUUGUUAUUUGUCUUGUUUAUCUCAUGGGUGUGCAAGAAAUUCAAUGUGGGUCGUGGUGAAGGUCCAAAGGGAAGGUUUGAAAACACCAGGGGUUUGUACCAUAAACAGAGUACUCUGUUUUGUUGUUUAUGUGUUUCUCUGUUUAGUCUUGUCUUAUGUUUAUUGAAUUACUUUUAUUGGUAUAGAAAUGGUUGGUCUGAUGAAGGGCUAGUGACUCUUUUGGAUUUAGCGCUUAGGACACUCGCUUGGGGUGCACUUUGUCUCUACUUCCGUACCCAACUGUUUAAUUCGGGUGAACCAAAGUACCCGUUUUUAUUGAGAGUUUGGUGGGGUUUCUACCUCUUCAUGUCUUCUUACUGUCUUGUUAUAAACAUUGUUCUCUAUAGAAAACAUGUUAAUGUAUACACUCAGUAUUUUGUUUCGGAUAUCGUCUCUGUUGUCACUGGUUUGUUCUUCUCUUAUGUGGGGUUUUUCGGUAAGAAUGAGGGCACUGAAGAUACCCUUCUCGAAGAACCUCUUUUGAAUGGUGAUUCAACUGCAAGCAAUGAAGCAGAGUCAAUUAAGUCAAACGGGGGUGAAACUGUAACCCCUUAUUCAAAUGCUGGAUUUUUUAGCAUUCUUACUUUCUCCUGGAUGGGUCCUCUAAUUGCUGUUGGCAAUAAGAAGACAUUAGACCUUGAGGAUGUUCCUCAACUGGACCCCGGUGAUAGUGUGGUAAGGAGCUUUCCAACCUUUAGAAAUAAGCUUGCUGUUGAGUGUGGUACAUUUAACAGAAUGACCACACUGAAGCUGGUGAAGGCAUUAAUCUCCUCGGUAUGGAAAGAGAUUCUUUUGACAGCCCUUCUCGUGGUUAUUUAUGCAUUGGCUUCAUAUGUUGGACCAUAUCUUAUUGACACUUUUGUUCAAUACCUCAACGGGCAGCAGGAGUUCAAGACUGAGGGCUAUAUUCUGGCUUCAGUGUUUUUCGCUGCAAAACUUGUGGAAUGCCUCUCGCAGAGGCACUGGUUCUUUAGGGUGCAACAGGCCGGAAUUAAGGUUCGAUCAGUAUUGAUCGCAAUGAUCUACAAUAAAGGUCUAACCCUUUCAUGCCAGUCAAAGCAGGGCCACAGUAUUGGGGAGAUCAUUAAUUUCAUGAGUGUUGAUGCUGAGAGAAUUGGUGAAUUUGGUUGGUAUAUGCAUGAGCCCUGGAUGGUCCUUGUGCAAGUUGUUAUUGCAUUGUUAAUUUUGUAUAAAAAUCUUGGGCUUGCUUCGAUCGCAACUCUUAUUGCAACUAUAAUUGUUAUGUUGGCAAAUGUUCCUUUGGGAAAAUUACAAGAGAAGUUUCAAGACAAGAUAAUGGAGUCAAAAGACAGAAGGAUGAAGGCAACAUCUGAGAUUUUAAGGAACAUGAGGAUUCUCAAGCUUCAAGGAUGGGAGAUUAAGUUUCUAUCUAAGAUUAAGGAGCUUAGGAAGACGGAGGAAGGAUGGUUGAAGAAGUUUGUUUACACUUUUGCAAUGUCCUCAUUUGUCUUCUGGGGUGCUCCCACAUUUGUAUCUGUGGUCACUUUUGGUGCCUGUAUACUAAUGGGGAUCCCACUUGAAUCGGGGAAGAUUUUAUCUGCACUUGCAACGUUUAGGAUUCUUCAGGAGCCCAUCUAUAAUCUUCCCGACACAAUCUCAAUGAUAGCUCAAACUAGAGUGUCUCUUGAUCGGAUUGCAUCAUUCCUUCAUCUUGAUGAUUUGCAAUCUGAUGUUAUAGAGAAGCUUCCAAGAGGUAGUUCUGAUACAGCAAUAGAAAUUAUUGAGGGAAAUUUCUCUUGGGAAUUAUCUUCCCCUAAUCCAACAUUGAAAGAUAUAAAUUUCAAAUUGCAAAAUGGCAUGAGGAUGGCUGUUUGUGGGACUGUUGGCUCAGGAAAGUCAAGUUUGCUUUCCUGUAUACUGGGAGAAGUGCCCAAGAUCUCUGGGACCAUUAAGUUGUGCGGGACAAAGGCCUAUGUUGCACAGUCACCAUGGAUACAAAGUGGCAAGAUAGAAGAAAACAUAUUGUUUGGUAAGGAGAUGGAUAGAGAAAAGUAUGACAGCAUUCUUGAAGCAUGUUCGUUGAAGAAGGACCUGGAAAUUCUCUCAUUUGGGGAUCAGACAGUCAUAGGUGAGAGAGGAAUCAAUUUGAGUGGUGGGCAGAAGCAAAGAAUCCAAAUUGCACGUGCUCUGUAUCAAGAUGCUGAUAUUUAUCUAUUAGAUGAUCCUUUUAGCGCUGUGGAUGCUCAUACAGGAUCGCACCUCUUUAAGCAAUGUUUGCUGGGCCUUUUGAGCUCAAAAACAGUGGUUUAUGUUACUCAUCAAGUAGAGUUCUUACCUGCUGCUGAUCUUAUCUUGGUCAUGAAAGAUGGAAGGAUUACUCAAGCUGGAAAGUACAGUGACAUCCUUAAUGCAGGAACUGAUUUUAUGGAACUUGUGGGAGCGCAUAAGAAGGCUUUGUCAGCUCUUGAUUCUGCAGAAGCAGGGUCAGGUUCUGAAAGUACAAGUAUGAGCAUGGAAGAUGGGAGUAUGGCCAGCGCUAAUGGGGUUGUGAAAAAACAAGAAAAUAAAGAUUUUCAAGAUGGUAAAGCAGAUGACAUAAUGGGGUCAAAAGGACAGAUUAUCCAAGAAGAAGAGAGAGAGAAAGGAAAAGUUAGUUUUUCAGUCUACUGGAAAUAUAUCACUAUGGCAUACGGAGGAGCUCUUGUGCCAUUUAUAUUGCUGGCACAGGUUCUCUUCCAGCUCCUUCAGAUUGGAAGCAAUUAUUGGAUGGCCUGGGCAAGUCCUGUCUCGCAGGACACGAAACCUGCAGUUGGUAGCUCUAUGCUGAUAAUUGUCUAUGUCACAUUGGCCAUUGGGAGUUCUUUUUGUAUCCUUGUGAGAUCGACGCUUCUUGUAACAGCUGGGUACAGGACAGCCACUCUACUCUUCAAUAAAAUGCACUUUUGCAUUUUUCGAGCUCCCAUGUCAUUUUUUGAUUCCACUCCAAGUGGACGAAUCCUAAAUAGGGCUUCUAUGGACCAAAGUAGAGUGGAUUUGAACAUUGCAUCUCAAGUUGGGGCAGUUGCUUUCUCGAUGAUCCAGCUUCUUGGAAUUAUUGCGGUGAUGUCUCAGGUGGCAUGGCAGGUUUUCAUCGUUUUUAUUCCAGUAAUUGGAACCUGUAUCUGGUAUCAGCAAUAUUACAUACCUUCAGCACGAGAACUAGCAAGACUAGUUGGAGUGUGCAAUGCUCCAGUGAUACAACAUUUUGCUGAAACAAUUUCAGGCUCAACAACUAUCCGGAGCUUUGAUGAAGAGUCGAGAUUCAGCGGCACAAAUAUGAAACUGACAGAUGCGUAUUGUCGGCCAAAGUUCCAUAUUGCUGGUGCAAUGGAAUGGUUAUGCUUCCGCUUGGAUAUAUUAUCUUCAAUCACAUUUGCCUUCUCCUUACUUUUCUUGAUCUCUCUUCCAAAAGGUGUCAUUGAUCCAGGCAUUGCGGGCUUAGCUGUGACGUAUGGACUUAAUCUAAACACGUUACAAAUGUGGGUAAUAUGGAAUAUUUGCGAAUUGGAGAACAAAAUUAUAUCAGUAGAGAGAAUAUUUCAAUACACUUGUAUCCCGAGUGAGCCACCUCUUGUGAUUGAAGAAAAUCAGCCAGAUUAUUCCUGGCCAUCGCAUGGAGAAGUUGAUAUUCGUGAUCUGCAGGUUCGUUAUGCCCCACAGAUGCCACUUGUAUUGCGAGGUCUCACAUGCACUUUUCCUGGAGGAAUGAAAACUGGCAUUGUAGGGAGAACAGGCAGUGGUAAAUCAACUCUUAUACAAGCACUUUUCAGAAUUGUUGAACCUACUGCUGGUCAAAUAAUGAUAGAUGGCAUUAACAUCUCCUUGAUUGGACUGCAUGAUUUGCGCUCUAGACUAAGCAUUAUUCCUCAAGAUCCAACCAUGUUUGAAGGGACUGUACGAAGCAACCUGGAUCCACUUGAAGAGUAUACAGAUGAACAAAUUUGGGAGGCUCUGGAUAAGUGUCAGCUUGUAGAUGAAGUUAGGAAGAAAGAAGGAAAACUUGAUUCUGCAGUUAGUGAGAAUGGAGAGAAUUGGAGUGUGGGUCAGAGGCAGCUGGUCUGCCUUGGCCGUGUGCUACUCAAAAAAAGUAAGGUAUUGGUGCUUGAUGAAGCUACUGCAUCCGUUGAUACGGCUACGGAUAAUCUGAUUCAGCAAACACUGAGGCAACAUUUUUCCAACUGUACAGUCAUCGCCAUUGCACAUCGGAUAACUUCGGUUCUUGAUAGUGAUAUGGUUCUACUUCUAAGUAAUGGGCUUAUAGAGGAAUGUGAUUCUCCAACAAGAUUGCUAGAAAACAAGUCAUCAUCUUUUGCUCAACUUGUGGCAGAAUAUACUGUGGGGUCCAGUGCUGAAAGCUUAAGCAGAUGACCUUAAUUAGGCCCCGUUCAAUUGUCCCACGUUUGUCGACAAUGACGAAAAUCAGUGGCUUUUCGAUCUUGUUUGAACCUUUUGUGAAACAUAACUUCUAGGGUUUUGGUUUCUAGUUAGUUGUUGCUGUGUGUUCUAGGCAUAUUCUACCAACAGAUGAUGUGCCCUUGUUGUGUUUUGAUAAAUAAGUUGUAACUUUUAUGCUUGAAAUGAAGCCUAUAUGUGAUCUCAGAUCUGGACUUGAUUAAUGGCUUCUUAUGCCUCUUCACCAGUAUGCUGUGGAAUGGUAGGUUAUAUGUAACAGUUGAGAAAUUGAAAGGGUUGUGGUUAA